UUCUUUGCAAGACGUCCACUCGAAAGCAUUUCCCUGUGGAGGGAACACUGAAUCACAUCUCCUCUGUUUGGGCCCCUCUCUCUGUGGCAAGCUUACUUUGUCCAUUAGAUCGAAAGAUCUAAAAAAAAAGAAAGAAAGAAAAAGAAAAACAACACGUACAUUUACCCGCCCAUAGACCUCCCCUCACUUCAAGGGUAAUAUUAAUUGAUGUACAUUUUAAACAGUAUAUUGUCAGUAUUUUUGCUCUAUUUUGCAACGAAAUCCACAGCAGAACUGUUUCGUGAAUGAAUCUGCGGCUUUGAACGAAUCGUCAAUGAUUCAAUGAUUCAUUCAUCAUCAACUACAGCCGCUUGCUUUAAUGAUUCACUCAUAAAAACAAUUUAUUAGUCGUAAGGAAGUUAGUUUUUUUAUGGUGAGAGGGGCAGAGUCACAGAGAGCUGUAUGUGUGUGUCAUUUUUAACCUCUCCAUCACAGUCAGCACACACACACACACAGGCUCCAGCACUCGUGCAUCUGAUGGCAUCGGUGUUUCUCCGAUGGAUCUUCAUGCUGCUGAUGGUUUUGAUCAUCUUUCAGAGUGUGCGUGUGAUAUUCUACUACAUAUCCAACACACACUCGUCCAGAGAUGUGAUGACAGAGAUGCUUCAGCAGCUGCACUGUGUAAAACUCAGGCAGAAGUUUUCCAUUAUCAAACCGGCCAAAAGUAUAGUUCUCCAGAGCUUCACGCAGGAGCUGUCAGAUUUCAUGAACUGCCCGUACAAAUCAAACCAAACUGAGCGUGAGCUGAACAGAGUCAGGCUGCAGUUUUGUUGUAACGCCACAGGAACAUUCAUCCUCACCAAACGCAACACAGCCAUCAAUCAAACCAUCCCAUAUGAAACAAGCAAAACAAAAACAUACAAAAUGACUGCAGAACUUCACAGUAUGCUGCCCGAGGACAUCCCCUGGUCCGGUCGGCGUCUGGGUCGGUGUGCUGUGGUCGGCAGUGGUGGGAUUUUGAAAAACAGCAGCUGUGGACGUGAGAUUGACAGCGCAGACUUCGUCAUACGGUUUAAUUUGGCAGCGGUUAAUGACAGUGAUGUUGGGAUGAAGACGGAUCUGAUAACAGUCAACCCCAGUCAGAUUCGAUACAAAAAUCUGGAGAAGAAUCCGGAUCCGUUGGUGGAGCGGGUCAGUGUGUAUGGAAACGCCCCCCUCAUUAUUCCAGCCUUUGCCUACACGUUCUGCACGUCACAGUCAAUCAAAACUCUCAAAGUCCUCCAGCCAAUCAGACCUCAGCAGCCGGUGGUGUUCUUCAGCCCCUCUUACCUGCGGACGCUGGACCGCUUCUGGAAGGGGCGUGGCCUGCAGGAGGUGCGGCUCUCCACGGGGUUUAUGUUAAUCAGCACGGCGCUGGAACUGUGUGAGCACGUGCACGUUUACGGAUUCUGGCCGUUCGGCAGCGACCUGCAGGAGCGUCCGGUUCCGUAUCAUUAUUACGACCAGCUGAAGCCGCACCCCUACGCGCACAAGAUGCCGGAGGAGUUUGUGCGACUACUGCAGCUCCACAGCCAGGGGGCGCUGACACUACACCUGCAGCCCUGCUCCUCACCAGGGGCGGAUCUAGAAAAUCAUUUAUGAGGACUGUGAGGGGUGGCAACACCAAGGAAAACAAGCAUUUGAUCAUCUAUACUACUAAGCCUAUAUUAUCUGUACUAUAUCUAUAUGAGGGGUGUGCUGUCCAUAUAAAGCCCAAUUUUUACGCGUACGCGGGGGGCGGGUACAGUAUGUGUGACAUAAUUUCGUCAUCAGAAGAGUACGCGCACUAGGGAUGCGUCACAAUUUUCGAAUAUUUGAUUAGUUGAUUUAAUUAUAGAAUAUUGAGUAGGUUGUGCGAUUAUCGUCUUCCCCAUUCCCAUUUGAUGUGGUGGUGACUUGUAACCAGAGGGUGGCGCAUGCUGCCAAUAACCAUGCUAAUAACCAUGCCGUUUGUACAACUCUAGCAGGACAGAAUCCAAAUAUAUUUACAUGGGUUGUAACUCAAUUGAUUGCUCAACUGCGCAUUCGUCGAAUGCCUGUGUACAAGUAUGAGUCAAUAAAGUAUACAUUGCAAGGCUGUGCGCAUAAAAAAAAACGAAGUAUACAUAUGGCUAAAGCCAGUGUUGGGGGCAACGCAUUACAAGUAACUUGAGUUACGUAAUCAGAUUACUUUUUCAAGUAACUAGUAAAGUAAUGCAUUACUUUUUCAAUGUACAACAAAAUAUCUAAGUUACUUUUUCACAUUUGUUCU